GUUUCGAGUUUGCCGUCUUCCUGGAGAAUGAUCUCUUAGUGGCACCGGACUUCUUGUGGCUCUUCCGCGCUUCGGCGUGGCUCCUAACCGCGGACCCCUCCCUCUUCUGCGUCUCCGCGUGGAACGACAACGGCUUCAGCGACGCCGCGCUGCUCCGCGCGGAGCUCAACGCCACGCGGCUCUUUCGCACGGACUACUUCCCAGGCUUGGGCUGGAUGAUCCAGAACACGACCUGGUUUUCUCUGCGUCCUAGCUGGCCUCGUUAUCCCAGCACCGGCUGGGACCAUUGGCUGCGCCAUGGCGGCCGCCAGCAGCUCGAGCUCGCCGCGAGCGCCGAGUCCGGCGGCUCCGGCGCUGCGCGUGAGUGCGUGGCGCCUGAGGUGUCCAGGACGCACCACUUCGACCAACGAGGGACCAACGUGAAGGUGGGCACCCCCAUGGCGAAGAAGCUGAGCAAGAUGGCCUUCAGCACCGCGAAGCCACAUGAGUUGGGAGACCUGUCUUACUUGUUGAAGGAGAACUAUCAGGACCUCUUGCACGAACUGCUGCGGAAGGCGAUCUUAGUCUCGGCGGAGCAGGUGGAGCACUUGGAGCCGAUGAAGGCCUACCUGGUCCCCUUCGUGCGGCGCGACUACAAGAAGUUGGCGCAGAAGUUGCAGAUCACCGAGGCGCAGCCGCGCAGCUCCCACGAGGGGCUCAUCGCCACGAGGGAUCCCAAGAGCGGCGCCGCCGUCUUCUUGGCGAAUCGCCUCAGCAGCCCCUGGCUGCCUAGCACCGAACAAGCCUUCCCGCACGAGCAGCGCCACGUGGCCGCCGCGCGGCCGGGCGAGUCCUGCGCGGACAUGUGCCAACGGCUUCGGAUGAUUUGCUCCGAUUUUGAGUUGGAGUUCAUCAAUGAUUGUGCUGCACUGAAGGCACACUUCCCCUGCGAAGAGGGCUGUGGACACCAAGUGGGAGAAGAGAUCCCCUGCUAUGUCCAUGAAGCUUCCAGAGAUACCGGCAAGCAAUGCUUGGUCACGGACGAUGCCAUCCCACGCUGCGGUGCCAAGAACCAGGCCUACAUCGCUUUUCACAUUCCAGCCGACCACCUCUUGGCGGCCUCGGUGAUGUCAUGCCCAGCUGCCUUGGCCAUGGCCAAGCUGAGCUAUCCCGAGACAGAGAUUUCCAGGACCAACGACCUCAAGGCCGUGACCAGCGAUGGCAGUGGGAACGUCUUGGAUGCCAUGGCCACCGGAGUGAUCACCGGCAUUUCGCUGGCUGGCACGAUCGCUGGGAUGCUGAUUGCAUUUGUGGCUGCCAUGGCCUUCUUGAAUGCCGCUUUGGAGUGGACUGGAGAGCUGGUGGGACUCCAAGGUCUGACCUUUGAUCUGGUCAUGUCCUAUGCCAUGUGGCCGCUGGCCUUCAUGAUGGGUGUCCCACAGGAGGAUUGCCUCACCGUCGGCCUCCUCAUCGGCCAGAAGACGGUGCUGAAUGAGUUCGUGGCCUACCGAAACCUGGCCGAUCUCGUCGCCAAGGGCGCCAUCUCUACCAAGGCAGAGGUCAUCGCGACCUAUGCCCUCUGCGGCUUCUCGAACUUUGCCUCCAUCGGGAUUCAGGUGGGCGGCUUGUCCGUCUUGGCUCCCUCGAGGAAGCAGGACUUUGCCCGCCUGGCUCUUCGUGCCAUGGUGACCGGCUCUGUUGCGUGCUUUAUGACCGGUUGCAUUGCAGGCAUCCUCAUCAGCGACCUGCCCUCCGCGCCCUAACGCCUGAGGGUCCGUAGCAGCGAAAACCGCGAGGCUUCGUGGCACAGAAGGGGCCAUGAGGACAGAUGGGUCCGUAGUUGUGAGAGGGAGGUUUACUUGAGAUGAAGGG